CCUGAGGUCUUGCUCGACCCACCUUCUUCUUCCCCUGGUCUCCUGUAUCCGCUCGCCGUUUGCGCAAACCCUUCUCCCCGUGCCGCCGCCACCCCAAGAACCUCAUCGGCUCCGGCCUUCAAUCUCCUCCUCUGCGGCGGCAGAGGCAUCGAAUCCCCCACGCCACAUCCUCCAAUGGCCACCAAGUCCCAAAAGAAGAAGAAGCUCUCCGCCCCCAACCCCUCUAUCGACGCCAAGAAGCCCAAACCCCAGAAACCCGUCGAGGAGCGAGAGACGGCGGUGGCGGGGGCGGCCAAGAAGCCGAAGCCGAAGAAGCAGAAGGAGGUCUCUGCCAAGAAGCCGAAGGAGCAGAAGGUGGGCAAGGAGGUCUCUGCCAAGAAGACGAAGAAGCAGAAGGAGAGCAACGAGAUCGACGAGAUCUUCGAGGCCACCAAGAAGCGCAAGCUGCAGGAGGAGGAGGAGGAGGAGUCCGAGGGGGACAAGAAGCCCAAGAAGGGCAAGGCCGAGGGGGCUGGCAAGAAGAAGAGCAAGAAGGAGACUGGGGGCAAAGGCUGGGAGCCCGGCCACGAUGAUGAGGUCGAGGAGAAGCGGCCGCGGCGGCGCACCAACGACGGCCUCACCAUAUACUCCGCCGACGAGCUCGGGUUCGGCAAGGCCGACGCCGGCGGCACGGCUCUCUGCCCCUUCGACUGUGACUGCUGCUUCUGAGCCUUUCAGGGGUCCUCCCUGCCUGAGGUGAUGUAAUCGGCAUAAGUCCGCAGUGGUGUUUGUUGUAAUCCUCGGUUGAUUCGAUAACUAUGUGCUUAUUAGACGUGUGAUCGGAUGAAAUGGAAUUUUGGUUCUCUGA